UCUCUUGUUUUUCUCUCAGAAACGCCACCGCAGCUGACAUCCUAAGGCGCCAGAACUGACAUCCUUAGACGCUGCAUCUUUUUCUCUUCGCCUUCUUGGUUUGUCGCCAUCAAUUCUCUCUGUUGAUCAUGGAUAGCGGCUGGAUGCAUGAAGCAAAGUUCUCUAAAAGAUAUGUUGAGGGUGUUCACUCUUUUAUGCAACUUGUUCGGUCUCACUUUGAUCGAAAUUCUAAAGUUCGAUGCCCAUGUCAAGAUUGUUUAAAUGUAUUUUUUAAGACACAAGAAGUAGUGUAUGACCACCUGUUGAUAAAGGGAAUUAUGGGAAGUUACGUGCAAUGGAUAUACCAUGGGGAACAAUCCCAAAUGAGUUAUAACGAUGAAGUGAUUUACAAUGAAGAUGAAAAUGAAGAGCAUGACAAUGAUGACAAAAUUCACACUAUGUUAGAAGAGGUUAGUGGAAAAUCAUUUGUCCAUUUUUCGGAGGAGACAACAACCGAUAAUAAUGUGUGCGGUAAUAUGAGUGAGAAGGAAGCCAAAAGGUUUGACAAAUUGCUGGAAGAAGCUAAAUGUGAACUAUACCCGGAAUGUAAGAAAUUCUCAAAGCUUUCGUUUCUUUUGAAGUUGCUACACUUGAAAGUGUACAAUCAAUGGAGUAAUAAAUUGUUUGAUAUGUUACUGGAGUUACUAAAAGAGGCAUUGCCUACUGGUGAGACACUUCCUAAGUCCUAUUAUGAUGCUAAAAACAUGUUACAAGGUUUGGGAUUAGGAUACAUUUCGAUUAAUGAUUGAAAAAAUGAUUGUGUGUUGUACUGGGCUGAACAUAAAGAUAGACAAGAGUGCCCACAUUAUGGUAUUUCGAGGUGGAAAAUUGAUAAUGGAAAAGAUAAGAAGAUUCCUCAUAAAGCCUUGCGGUAUUUUCCAUUAAAGCCUAGACUUCAACGAUUAUUUAUGUCUAGUAAAACAAGUGUGGACAUGAGGUGGCACAAAGAAAAACAUCUUGAUGAGGAAAAUGUGUUAAGACAUCCCGCUGAUUCUGAAGAAUGGAAAGAGUUUGACAAAAAUCAUCCGUGGUUUGCACAAGAACCUCGUAAUAUUAGACUCCGUCUUGCAACUGAUGGUUUUAACCCAUUCGGUAACAUGAGCACAUCGUAUAGUAUGUGGCCUGUUAUUCUUGCUCCUUAUAAUCUUCCUCCUUGGAAAUGCUUUAAGGACCCAUUUAUGAUGAUGUCACUGCUUAUUCCUGGUCCUCAAGCACCAAGAAAGGAUAUUCAAAUGCAAGUGGUUUGAUCUCUGCAAGAAAACAGGGAUGCAAAAAGACAAAAAUUUUACGAGCAUUUGUGUUAAAAGAUUUUGGUAUGAACGUGAUUCUUUUGUACUAGCUACUCAAGCAAAGCAAGCAUUUUACAUUGAUGACCCAAAAUUGGGAGAGAAUUGGCAAAUUGUGCUCAAAUUUCAAGAUAGACGCUUAUAUGAUGUGCUUGAGAGAGAAACUUUGGAGACUGAAAGUGAUGAGUUACAUAUUACAAAUGAUGAAGUGUAUCAAGACAUGUCACUGGAAAGUAAUUCAAUUGUCUGUGAUACAGUGGAUAUGUUGAGUCAACUACAUAGAGAUGAUGUUGAUUCAGUUAUCUUGGAUGCAAAUGUAAUUGAAUUAGAGG